AUGCCUGCUCCUGGACCUUUACACCUCACUCCCGCUUCCAACGCUGUCACGGCCCAUCCAUCGUCGAUCAACAAUGCCAUUACCCUCUCACCCCGAACUGUACUGUCCUUCCUUUCCCGUCUGUGUCCUAUGGCUUCCUCCACCAACGACUUCUACAUCACCUCGCCCUCUGCACACCGUUCUCUCGCUCUCUCGCUCGUGUCGCCACAGCAGUCCCGCGCUCCUCACACAUCAGCCAGGGAGAGUCACCUGCUACCGCUGUAUCGCUGUAGCCCUAGCUUCGAUACAUUCCUAACAAGCGCCCACGUUCCGCCCAACCUUGCAUCCACGUCGGAUAUGCCUCUGCGCGCCGUCUCAGCAGAAUCAGCUUCCCUUCGCAGAUCAGAUAUGGGAGAUAGUUAUCUGGAGUUUUAGGGCAAAAAGAGAGAGAUGACGAGGUCGUGAUGGACGUGGCCAGGACUUGACAUACUACAACGUGUCGUACGCAACGUAGCCUGACGCAAUUUAAUGCGCUUUGCGAGCGCUUCACCCAUAGCACCAGCUCUUCGAAUUAUCCACUCAGCCAGUCCUGGAUGUCCCUAUGGGAGCGUCGAAAUACAACUUCGCAUCUAUCGUUGCUCUGAUCUACUUUGUACUUCCCGCUUGCCCCCAGACGUCUCAAUCUUACGGUGCAUGCAUAUCCCUGAGUCGGACUUUGCCCUUCCGCAGCGGACCAAUGCGCGUUAUCCUGGUAGCUUGUCGGUCGUCUUACAUUGACGCUGAUUCCAAGGAAGCUUACUGUCCAAAAACGGCGAGGUACCAACCAGCGCGGUCCCUCAUUGAGAGCUAAAGAAGAGGAGUGAGUUGCGUGCGAGGACAUCACAACGUGCGGGCGGGGGAGUAUGCGGCCGUUUUCACCAAGGUGCGCUUCACACGCACUGCAUGCGGAGAUGGACGUUCUGCUGCCAUGCGCUGGGACGUAGAUGGAAGAUCGAGCAACUGUAUGUAUCCGUUCUCAUCAGGGCUUUCUGCGAACGGCAUACCAUCGGCCGUGCGUACAUGGACGAGGAUACCGUGAAAAGCCCGGUAGUGCUACCACUUGGUUGGCUGGACGAAAUCUCGUUGGUAGCAAAACCGCUCAAGGCCACUUCGUGACUCGGACUGCCUGUUCAUACUCCAUGCAUCGCGCUCACCCCCAAUCGCUGAGGUCUAGCGCUCUUUCCGGGCCAAAGACUCGCCUCUGCAUGUAACUCGGCAUCUUCCCGAGCUCACCAUGUGCAAUCCGGGAUACUCUGUUCAUGCGCGAGGCUGGUCGAGCACAUGGCUCUAUGAGACUUGGGCGACACGCUCGACGCCUCCCUCAAAGCUAGCCAGCCAUUUAUACCAUCGCGGGUUGCGACGGCAAGCAUCGUCAAAACAAAGUGUCGCCACGGAGGAGACGUUUGGGUAUAUAGUGACACAUCGCGUUGGCGCAACGCACAACGGGUUCCUUAGAUGCCGAAACUCACAACUCGAUCGGGUGGGCGAAGCGCGUGGCACUCGAGAGCCGCACAUUAUAUGAUAGCCGCUUUUGCUCGAUUGAGUUCAGCGACAUUCGGUUAUCCGCACUUGCCAAGAUACUGUGGGCGAGGUGGGAGAUGUAGCACUUUGGAGGUCAUGAAUGAACCCGUGUAGGCCUGAAUUCGGCAAACUACGCUUACGUAGCUCGACGGUGUCUCGUAUGCUCUGUGCUGAAAGACUUCGCUUUGAAAGACUGUCUAGAGUUAAUGGCUCAAGGCUUGCAUCGCACUAGGGAGGUUUUGACCUUUGUAUAUGUUUAUCAAUGCGGAAGGCUUCACUUGCUGGCGUAAUGAUUAUGUAUUGGCAUCCGGAGAGAACUAACAAAGAAGGAGCAUGAACUCAG